CAGAAAUUGCACACAUUUAGAAUAAUCAGAAAAACAAACUAAGGAAAAGCAUAUAGCAUGCAUAAAGCUUAUCAGCCGUUCAGACCUGCUGCUAAUAAAUACCUGCAGAAGAAAUGGGACGAGGAGCAUUAUGCCGAGCAUCGAAAGAAGGUGAGGGAAGCCAAGCCUACGGUAGACACCAAAGGAAUCCAAACACCAACCCACAUUCAAGUAAAGCUAAAGAAAGCACAGGUUCAAGAAGAGAGGCAAGCCAUCAUCAACAGAGAUAACCAACUGCUGGCAUCCAGACUAGCUGAUAUUCAGCAUUCUAAAGGGCGCAUAGACCACAGGAACUACUAUCCUGAGCGCAGUCUGAACUCAGAGAGCAGGAGGGCCAAGCUACUGCAGGUGGCUCAUGAGAAUCAGGCGAUCUAUGAGAGGAUCACAGCACAGCAAUCUGAAUACAGACGGGAGCUGUGGGAGGAGGACUGGGUGAGGACGGAGCAAAGGCGAGACAGUAUUACACGCUAUCCAAGGGGAGUGGCUCAUAAGCAGAAGAGGAAGAAAAGCGUCAAGUUCUUGGGAGGAGCAUCAGUUCAGACGCUGAGCUCAUCCAGCAGAACACAAGACGGCGAAACCACAGAUGAAGACCUCCAACAUCAGUAAUCACUCAUUCUUCCAGUGUCCUACCUCCACAAUGAUAUGAUACUUUUCAGCACAUUGAGACCAUGAUAUGUGUGUAUGUGAUUAAAAGGAAACAUCUGGAUUCCAAUACGAAGAUACUUACUCACUAUCCUCCUAAUUCCUGAUGGCUUUCAUAUCCAGUGUUUAUUGACCACUGGGUGGCAGCAUGAAUCUCUACAAAUGGAUGUCCUUCAUUUAUCUGCACUACUUUAUUUCUGUGAACGGAACAACCUCAGGCUAUCAAGUCUGUUAAUUAAAACUUGGAGAGCAGGUAGAAUUCCUCAGAAUUAAUGUAUAUCCCAGAAUUUCAAGUGUUACUUAUAAGUUAGUCCUUAUUUACUACAACAGGUUUGCAUCCUGGUCCUGCUUGCUGUUUUUGUUAAAUGGGUUUCAGUUUAAAAAGAAAACACAUUCAUCACCAUGUUUUUCUACAGUAAUUGUUUUUGUUCCAUAAUAGAUAUUUUUGAAUCCAUGAAAUUUUCCUAUCUACCAUUUACAUUCAAGAAAAUAAAAUGAAGUACGUAGCAUAUAGGCAAAUUUCCACUGUAUCUGACAAUCUGUCAUCCUGACUCCAAAACUUUGAACUUAUACUUCAUCUCAAGUCUUCUUUUAAAUGUUCAGUCUUUGUUUCAUGACUUAGAUGUAUAAGAACUCAUUUAAAUAACUGCACUCACUAAAUAUGAAAGGCAAAUACUCUCUGUAGCACAGCUCUUGCAUAUUAGAGAACUGUUCAUCGCUGUGUUUCGAUCUGACAAAAAAUCUGUCUAGUAUAUUGUGAUGUACAGAUUAUAAGGUUGAUCUGAACGUGACUUUAUGCUUCUGAAUGUAAGUCUGCAAUGUCUGAUAAGGCUGUUGUUUACAACUGAAUCCAUUACUGCCGAUAAAGGCAGCUUUUCAUUAUGUGCUUAUGUACUAAUGAGGGUCUAUCUGUCCUCUUGCACUUUGAGGUGUGUUAACAGGGGAUAACAGGAAGCGGUCUCUUCUCACCAACCUCUAAUUAUUAAAUAAGAAGAUCAAUGAAGGAGAUGAAUACUUGAGCAAGAUAUCUUAUAAGAAUACACUAAUCCAGAUACUCCACACUGCUGAACUAUAGGAGUUCCAGG